AUGCACAAUAUCUCCUCCCGAGCCCGGCAUGGGUGGGAAGGCAUCAAGCCCUCCAUGGGCUUCGGCAUGAGCAGGACGGGGCCACAACAACCACAACAACAAUUACCCCCGGAUCUGUCGAUAGCUCAGCCGCCGCCUGUAGCCGGUAAGAGGGCCAUGAACGGCGCGUCUAUGAGCCCCAAUCCUGCUACUAUCGCUGCUGGACAUUUAGUCAACCUCUCGUUCAAUGUUCCCUUCAACUCCAAUCUACCCGGCCCGGACAAGGACGAUAUCUUGUACAGCAGUACCGGUGCUUUCCAGAAAUGGAUCCAUCCGGAUGGCGCCGCGGCGGACGAGACGCCAAAUCAUGCGUUACCAAUCCAUACUCGGAAUGUGGAGAACCUGAGAUCUCUGUGCAAGCAGAUGAGUGAGGGCAGUGGAGAGAGGUUACAUGCUACGGUCACGAGCUCCAAGCCGAAGCCCGUUCCGGGUAUGCAGAGGGGGCCCUUGACGGCAUUGGUGACAAACGUGUGCAUCAGUGGGGAGGCGGAGGUUGUUCACAAGAUGCGGGCGAAGGUCUUGAACGAGACGCCCAUUACUUUGCGUCGGGAAACCAUCGAUAUUGAUCGCGAGAUAGUCUUUCCGAAAGGCCAGGAUGGCGCCAGAGCAGAUAUUCUGAACCACAUGGACGACGUCGCGGACAAGACGAAAGCCGAUAUUUUCCUUCUCGAAUCGAAAUCCAGACGAAAGGACUCCGAGUCAGCAAGCUUCAACGGCGCAAUAGAGAAGAGCAUGGACAAGAGACUACAAAUACAUGUCUACAGCGAUAUGGAGAGCUGCGAGAACGCGAAGACGAGACUUUUGAUCAUGAUUGAUCAGAUUCUCCAGCGUCAGGUUGAUACCAUUCGGCUUGAAUUGUCGCUGCAUACGCUCAUUUCUGGCCGCCAUAGGAGGAAUGUGAAGCUCAUUGAAUCGGCUACUGGGACGGCCAUUUAUUUUCCGCCGAUGUUUCCCACCGUCUUUGGGUAUGUGCCGCCGGGCUCGAUUCCACUUCGCGGCCGAGAUGAGAUCAUUAUCACUGGUGAAAAUAUGGAUAUGAUUCUGCAGGCGAAGAAGAGGUUGCAUGAACUGGUCAUGCUCACCAAGACUUUUGUCAAGGAUGUGCAGAUCACGACCAGCAAGGUGGACUAUAUCCUGCUCGAGCGCCUGGACAAGAUCAGGAAGAUCAUCGAGGCCAAUGGGUCUUAUGUGUUGCUGCCGCCGCUCGGCAAUCACAGUGGUGUGCUGCGUGUUCAGGCAACAGAUAUCCUAAAUGUCGAGCGGACUGUGCGCGAGAUUAUGGGCUUGGCUGGGCAGUUCUACAGUGCUUCCUGGUGGGUCACACAUCCGGAUCCUUCGCAGCGACAGCCAACCCCCUCCGACAUUCGCGCCAUGUUGCCUGAUAUCUGCAUCAACUCUGGCGCCGAGAUCACUUUUGAGAAGCUCAAUUUCCACAUCAAUGGCAGUGACGAUGCGGUCAAAGCUGCCAUGUCGAUCAUAAACACUUUGCCGUUCGUGAAGAAGGCGCAGUCUACACUCCGCGUCAAGGUCGAGCUUGCCAAUGAGCACAAGGAAUUCGUGUCUGGUAAGAAGAACGGCAAGAUUAACAAGAUCAUGAGCCAGAGCAAUGUCCAGAUCGUCUUCGACGGCUUCAAUGAGUACAACUUUUACAUCGAUGUGCGCGGCGCACAAUACGAGGCGACAAAGAACGGUCUGGAUCUGGUCGAGCUGGAAAUGCCAGCAAGUAUCAGCUUUCACGUGCCGGAUCAGUACCAUAAGCGUAUUAUUGGUAUCGGCGGUCAGCAUAUCCAGCGCAUCAUGAAGAAGUACUCCGUCUUCGUCAAGUUCUCCAACGCUAUGGAUCGAGGCGGUAUCGGCAAGGACGACGACGAUAUCAAGGUCGAUAAUGUUAUCUGUCGAACGCCGGCCAGGAACGCGGAUAACCUGGAGUUGGUGAAGCAGGAGAUUAUGGAUAUGGUGGAGAAGGUCGAUGCGGAGUUUGUUUCUGAGCAUAUUCCUGUUGAUCGGUUGUACCAUCGAGAGUUGGUCGCACGCAUGUCGGAGAUCGAGGAGCUGGAAAAGAAGUGGAAUUGUAAGGUUACAUUUCCUGGGACGGAGCAGGCGAGUGAUAUGAUUACGGUUUCCGGGCCAGAGUAUCAGGUUCCGUUGGCUGUGGAUGAGUUCUUGGGCAUGGUGCCUGAGACGCACGAGAUUGAGUUUCCGGCUACGGAGGAGUUGUCGGUUUUGUUGAGGUCGGACGAAUUCAUGAAGGAGAGGGUGCAGAAGCUGAAGGAUCAGUAUGUGGUCGAGGCCGCUGUUCUGGAACCGAAACAGGAGCGCCAAGGCGAUAGAGAGGUCGUGAUCGAAAGGCUCACCCUCAGCUAUACGCGCAACAAUGCCGGCGGACUCAAGGACGCGAUCGACUUCUUGCUGCUACCAUUCUUGAGCAAAGGCCUGGCGGUCGACGAUGUCAAAGGCGCUAUCCCGCGUCCCAAGUCUGACUCUUUCGAGGACAACAUGCCCUACUUUGAAUCGAAGCUGCUGCAGCGCGCGGAGCCGCCUGUCUCGGAUUCGCCAACUCGAGCCAGCUUUGUCGCUGAAGAAGGUAGCUCCCGGUCCAUCUUCGAUAAGCUCCGCAAGCCCUCGAGCAUGGCAUCUUUCUCCUCCUUCAUCGACCGUCGCCGUAAGAACGGGAACAACUCGCCUGGCAGCCUCUUCAUGCACGCUUCGAACAAUGCCUCCAAGGCCUCCCUUGUGAGCAUGGAAAGCCGCGACUCUGGCUACCGCAAUCCAUGGAAUGACUCUGGCGUCGACCUCGAACAUGACGCCCCCAACGGCGGUCUGGCGACCGGCGGCAGCCAUCACAGCUUGCAUGGCAAUGGCUGGGGCAGCUUCAGCACAACUGCCAGCCGCCCAAACACGAGUAGCAACUCCCUGAGUGGAGUCUUCGGCGAUUCGGCUAACAAUAAAUUUCCCUUUGGCGUUAACGGAAAUGGUUCUUCGAGCUCUUUGAACACGCCUAUGAUACCCGGUCUUGGUAUGGUGCACAGUGGCAGUGCGAAUGGCAUGACGAACGGAUCUACACCCCUCUCAGUGGGCGCCACACCCGGCGAUGCGACGCCGAGAUAUGAUGCCAAGGCUCGCGAUGCAGAUAGUGGCAAGGGCGAGCUGGCGAACGGCGAUGUGCCGCCGACGUCCGCACUCACUGGUACGUCUAUGGCUACCACGACUGCCUCCCCCGCGCCCAUCGAGCCUGCCUCCGCUCCUCCACCUACUGCCGAGAUCCCUUCUGUUGCGAAAGCGAGUACAUCUUCAGGAUACCCGGCGCCCAUCGCGCCACCGCAAUGA